AUGAAGUUCACUACAGCUAUGACAACUGCCGUCCUGGCAACUGGCGCUCUGGCAGCGCCUCGUCCUGGCCUGGCUGAACGCCUUGAAGCUCGUGGUGUCUUGACUCGCCAGUCCAUUCCCGCUCACAAGUUUGACAAUUCUGGCGAGGAGAACACCGUCCUUCUCAAGGAAGGGAGCAAUGGCGCCAAUGUCCAGUAUAGCAAGAACUGGGCUGGCAUCGUUCGUGAGCAACCACCCGCCAGUGGUGUCUACACAGAAGUCUCGGCAACAUUCACCGUGCCUGACCCUAAGGCCACCGAUAACUCGGGCGAAACCCAAGCUGCUUCUGCUUGGGUUGGCAUUGACGGUGACACCUACACCAACGCCAUUCUGCAGACUGGCAUUGACGCCUACAUCUCCAAUGGACAAAAAUCAUAUGACGCCUGGUACGAGUGGUACCCCAAUGCGGCUGAAAAUUUUGACCUCAGCCUCAAGGCUGGCGACGUGAUCGUAGCUACGGUUCAGUCUUCCUCCCCCAGCGAGGGCGUCGCGAUUAUCGAGAACAAGUCGACCGGAAAGAGCGUGACCAAGUCUCUCUCUGCACCUGCCUCAACUGCCACUCUUGGCGGACAGAAUGCCGAGUGGAUCGUCGAGGAUUUCAACUCUGGUUCGUCUAUGGUUCCCUUUGCCAACUUUGGCAAAGUCACCUUUACCGGUGCACAGGCUAAGGCGGCUGGUGGAGAGUAUGGUGUGAACAAUGCCGCGAUUCUGGAAAUCCAGCAAAAUGGCAAGCUGCUUGCCGAUGUUCAAGUCCAAAGCGACACCCAAUUCACGGUUACUCAUCAGUAA